AUUCCGUUCAAUCUCAUUAAGAAUUCAUCCAUCAUGGCAGUUUUCACAUUCGAGGACCAAACCACCUCUCCCGUGGCUCCUGCCACCCUUUACAAAGCUCUUGUAAAAGACGCCGACAACAUCGUUCCAAAGGCUGUUGAUUCCUUUAAGAGUGUUGAAAUCGUUGAGGGCAACGGUGGCCCAGGAACCAUCAAGAAGAUCUCUUUCCUUGAGGAUGGGGAGACAAAGUUUGUGUUGCACAAAAUAGAAGGAAUAGAUGAGGACAAUUUGGGAUACAGUUACAGCAUUGUUGGAGGUGCUGCUUUGCCAGACACUGCAGAGAAGAUCACGAUUGACUCCAAACUUAGCGAUGGUCCCAACGGAGGCUCAGUUGUAAAGCUGAGUAUAAAAUACCACAGCAAAGGAGAUGCUCCACCCAAUGAAGAUGAGCUCAAAGCUGGCAAGGCCAAGAGUGAUGCUCUUUUCAAGGUCAUCGAGGCUUACCUUUUGGCCAAUGCUUGAAUUAUUACCAGCUGUCUUUGAUUACAU